AUCCAUACUUACCCUUGCGCAAAAUCAAUAUCCUUGAAAUCAAAGCUCUCCCCGACGAGCCGCCAUUUGAAGGACCUUCUUCCUGUUUUAUCCAGAAAAUACGCGAUUUACAUGAGUCGUAAAGUUAAUUUUUGAUGAGAAUAGAGUUUAGAGUGAGGUUUUAGUUGUGGAACUUUUUUUGGAUUAAUUUUGGGUACUGAUUAUGAGGCUAAAAAUAGGCCUCAAUGCCCGUAGUAGAUUAGAUAAUGCACAAACUUGCAAAAGGUUUGAAAAAGAAGAAGAAAGGCAAAAAAUCGAAACACAAGGAAGAGGAACUUUUCAAGCCCGAAGAGCUUGAAGCUUACCGUAAAGAGCACGCCCCGGGUAGCGAAGAGUCUUCGGCCAAAAACGAAGAGUGGAAAAAUUUCCUUUCGCUCACUUCAGGAGUAGAUGAUAUUUUGAAGAAGACUCAAGACGACUUAGAUCGAAUUAAGAGCACUUCAUUUUUUCAACGUAUUCCACCGGCGAGCGAAACAGAAAAGCAGAAAAAAGCGGAAGAACAAGCUCAAAAAGAAGCUCAACGUCAACAAGAAGCAGCAGCAGCGCCUAAAGAAGAAGAAACUCAAAUUGGUAUUGUUCAAGUUUCAGAAUCAGAAUCUGAAGAAGAAGACGAAGACGAUAUCUUCGAUACAGCCUACAUUGAUGCUAUAACAACAGGAGAAGUCAAACUAGCUUACAUCCCAGAAUCUCCAACUGACAAGCAAGAAGGCGACGAUCCCUUCGACACUUCCUACGCUGAAAGGGCAAUUUUAGGGCCGGCAGUCGAAAGAAAAGGCAAAAAACUUGUACCGCUAGGAGCGGCAGUUGAAGUCUUAACAGGCAGAGUUCAACUUCCAACUUGUGCCACUAAACCUCCGUCUACGAGACGGCAAAUUCUCAAGCAACAAGAUUUACUUUUGGGAAGUUUCGAUAGUUGUCCGCCUGUUGUUGGUAAUACAACACAAUCGCCAGAAAUCGUCAAAACUUUACUUGAUGACGAUGAAAUUCCAUUACCUGACGAACCUAUCGACUUGAGUAAAAGUCUCUAUAUACCACCACCGCCACCGCCACAAGUUGAAACUAAUCAACCUCAACAAAUCCUUAAAGAAUUCGAAGAGGACGAGGACGAUAAAGAAUUUGAAGCUUUAGCAGCUGAAAGUUUAUCUAAAGCUCCAAUAACUGUAGUAGAAAAAUUCCGAUUAUCAACUACUCAGACAUUGAUUUUUUUUAUUUUCAGGCCACAAAGUGACUUUGUGGAAGAUCCUUUUGACACCACAUUUGCUGAUAACAUCUUACCAGGCAAACAAGAGCUAAAGCUUAUCGAAAAAGAAAUAUUAGAUAACGACGUUGAUUUUGAUCCUAGAGCUCCUGAAGACUUAAAUCAAUUUUCAAAGCUUAACGAACGUGUUCUAGAAAAUCUCACAACUCCAGUUCAUCGCGACUUACUAGGAGGCAGCACAAGCGAUCUUACCAAAUUAGAAGAUCAACCCAUUCAACCAACUGAGGAAGCUCCACUCAACGAUAUAAAAUACUGUGAUCCCUUCGAUACCUCACUUGUAGACACAGCUUCAGCUCCUGGCCAAGCCGAACUAAAAUUCCUAGAAAAAGAAUUACUCGGUGAUAUAAAAUCUAAAGUAUUUAAAGCUGUUUCAGUUGACGAUGACGAUUUCAAUCCGAGAGCCUUAGAAAGUAAACCAAGAACCUUAUCUAGGCCUGAUGUUUUAAACAUAGGACCUUCGAAAACAGUGUCAUUCUCAGUUCCUUCAAACCAGAAAGAUUUAUUGGCAAUUGACGACUCCUCUAAAAUAACAAAACCUCUAACGCCUUUUUACAUUCGUAAAAAUUCAGUACCUGGUUUAAUCGACAGUCCAGAUUCGGACGAUAAAGAUCCAUUCGACACAUCUUUCGUACCAAAAUUGGCACCUGGAAGAGUUGAACUAAAAAUAAUAGAAAAAGAAUUUGUGGAACAAAAUUUUCACUUGGAAGAUCCCGAUUUUGAUCCUAGAGACGAUAGUAAAGUAGCUAAAGUAGCUGCAGUUGAAGCUAUCAAGCAAAUAGGAACGCAAAAACCCGAAUCCGUAUUACCUGUUGAACCGGUGGAUCUACUGUCAGCAACUAACGAAAUAACAGCCAAAGUACUAACACCAGCGGCCGAAUUUAAUACAAAUUUCCAUAAAGAAGAACCUUUAUUAUACGCUGACCCAUUCGAUACAACUUCAAUAGCAACAAAUAUUUUACCAGGAAAAGCGGAAUUGAAACUGCUGGAAAAUGAGCUGAUUGAACCAUCAGUUAUAACACAAGAUAACGAUUUACUAGUCCACAGUGGAGAUACAAUAAUAGAAAAACCUUUAUCACCAGUGCCUGGACAACAAAGUUUAGAAAUCGAAGAGGAUUUUGAUCCGUUCGAUACAAGUUUUGCCAAUGAAGGCUUUGAUGAUGCCGAAAAUGCUUCAGGCAACUCGAAUCCCUUCCUUAUGGAAGACGACCCGACUGGCAUGGACGACAAUCCAUUUCUAUCACAAACAGCUACGGCUGCUUCAAAUCCUUUCGCAUUUGAUCCGAUGGAAUUGGAACCAGCCGAAGCUGCGGUACCCUCGAAUGCAUUUAUGGAUAUUGCCAGUACUGCCCAAGACUUUUUCACUAGCAACACAGUUGUAACUGAAACAGCCAACUUUUUUAGCGAUGUACAAAUAGUAAACUCAACAGCUCAAAAACCGACUGAUUUGGAUUUAAAAUAUUCACAUCAAGAACCUGCAAGGCCCCUACCACCGCGACCACCGCAAAGCAAAGAAACCCAAGACCUCCUUAUGUCAGUUAUGGGAGCAAUGGAUGCCACUAGUUCUCAUCUAUUGGACAGAAUACCUCCAACACGUUCACCAAGUCCAAUAUCGAUGCGAGACUUACAAUCACCUAGUCCAACUCCUGAGCCUGCCUUCGGAGACCUUUUAGACGUUGGCGAGAGUACUCAUAAGCCUCAGACUGCAAGCACAGAAGAUUUACUGUCGCUCAGUUCCAGCAGUCACGACAUCAAUCAAAAUCCUGCUUCGGGACCACCUCCAAGGCCUCCAGUGGCACCUGCAAGGCCAGCUCCACCUAUACGACCUCCUAGACCCGCUCCUCCUCAAAAACCGCCUCCUCCAAAUGUGGUAAGGCCACCAGUACCACCACCGCCUCAACCUCAACCUCCUGCUCCAGCACAAAAUGAUAUAAUGGACAUGUUCGAUGUGCCUCAAAAAGCCAAAGUGGCCACUAAAGAUGAUAUUUUGAACCUUUACAAUGCUCCUAAAGUGGAAACGGUGAGGCCAGAUUUAUUGUGUGACGCUGUUUUGGAGCCUGAAACUAAGACUCCUACAAUAACGGAAAAUUUAGUUCCCACUGAAACGAUUGAAGAGUUGAAUAACUGUGAAGAUGUGACUCCGACGACUACUCAUUCUGACACAGGCAAAGACAGUUUGUUAAGUCCAGAACCUGGCGAUUUGCAAAUGGAUACAAGUGAUAGCCAAAGUAAAGGUUCCGUUUCCAGUGUAACAUUUAAUCCCUUUGCUGCUACUGACGAUUUAGGCUCUGUCAGCAAAGAGCAAGAUUUCUCCCAGGAGCUUCCACCACUACCUAUAGAGACUGACAAAAUGGACAUAUUCAGUACCCCAGCACCAGCACCUACACCAAUACCAAUAGCUACGAAUGAAGCUUUCGAUUUCGAUACAAGCACCCAUGACGACUUUGAUGCGUUUGCAGAAAAAUUCGAAUCAGUCAAAGCAGAUGAAACUAAAAAUGGCGUUUUUGAUGCCUUCGGUGCCACUACUCCUGCUACCCAAAACACUGAUGACGUCUGGGGAAAUAACGAUUUUGCUAGUGUCAAUAAUGAAACUGGAUUUGGAAAUGAAGACGGAUUCGAUGCGUUUCUGGCAUUGAAGGGACCACCUAAUAAGAGACACGAAAGCCAGGAUUCAGAUGAAGAGAAAGAUUUUUCAGUUGUCAUCAGGCCUAAAACUGAAAAUGCAUUUUCUGGUGUUACUCCGGUUCUGGCACCGCCCCCAGUGCAAACCCAAGUAGCUUUUGCCGACACCUCACCCAGAUUCAAUCCGUUUGAUCAACAAAAUGAUGUCUCUGCUGUGUUGUCGCAGGAAACUGCUAUACCAUUCGCAACCGAGUUGCAAAGAUCUGAUUCACAAGAAUCGCCAUCUACUCCCCUUUAUGAUGAAGAUACUAGUCAGCCUCUAGAAGAAUUUCCAAGAAUAGUUUACACAGGUGAAGGAUGGGAAAUGCUAUUGAGGCAACCAAACAAAAAGAAAAUUACUGGUCAAAGAUUUUGGAAGAAGAUAUUUGUAAAAUUAUGUCAUCAGCCUGAUUGUGUGUUGUUGCAGUUGUUUAAUCUUCAAAGCGAUAAGGAUCCGUUCCAGGAGCUUCCUCUUCAACCUUGCUAUUCAGUUUCUGACAUAGGUGCUCAGCAAUAUGACCAGUUUGGCAAAAUAUUCACAGUAAAAUUGCAAUAUAUUUUCUACAAAGAACGACCAGGAGUUAGGCCAGGACAAGUCAAAAAAGCUGAAAGGAUUACAAAUAAACUAAGCCAAUUCGCGGCCUACGCUAUUCAAGGAGAUUAUCAAGGAGUUAAGGAAUUUGGUAGCGAUUUGAAGAAACUUGGGCUUCCGGUUGAGCACGCUCCGCAAGUGUCUCAGCUAAUGAAACUAGGCUCGUUGAAUUUUGAAGACCUGAAACAGUUUUCGUUUUGCGUGGAAGAGGCUCUAUUCAAAUUGCAAGCCCAUAGAGAUAGGGCUUUGCACUAUAAAAUGGAAGAAGUGCAAGUUACGUGUGUCGACGAAUUGUAUGUGGAGCAGAAUUCAGAAGGGCACAUCGAAAGACAAAUUGCCAGGGUGCGACUUUUCUUUUUAGGAUUUCUAACUGGGAUGCCAGAUAUUGAGUUGGGUAUAAAUGAUAUGAGACGACAAGGCAAAGAAGUGGUUGGCAGACACGAUAUUAUUCCUGUAGUAACUGAAGAAUGGAUUAGAUUAGAAAAUGUUGAAUUUCAUUCCUGCGUACAACAAGAUGAAUAUGAAAAUACUCACAUCAUUAAAUUUAAGCCCCCAGAUGCUUGUUAUAUAGAAUUGAUGCGAUUUAGAGUUAGGCCGCCCAAAAACAGAGAACUUCCUUUGCAACUCAAAGCUCAAAUAUGUGUUACAGGAACUAGAAUAGAGCUUAGAGCGGAUGUUCUAGUGCCUGGUUUUGCCUCAAGAAAACUAGGCCAAAUUCCCUGCGAAGACGUAAUGAUACGUUUCCCUAUUCCAGAAUGCUGGAUUUACAUGUUCAGAGUAGAAAAGCAUUUCAGAUACGGAUCAGUCAAAUCUGCUCACAGGAGAACUGGGAAAAUCAAGGGUAUAGAACGAAUUUUAGGCACAAUGGAUAAUUUGCAGGAAAGUCUCAUUGAAGUCACUUCUGGACAAGCUAAAUACGAACAUCAGCAUAGAGCUAUUGUAUGGAGGUGUCCACGAUUACCUAAAGAAGGACAAGGUGCGUACACUACACACAAUAUGGUAUGCAAAAUAGCCUUGACCAGUUACGAUCAAAUGCCAGAGAAGCUGGCAGAAUAUUGCUUUGUGGAAUUCACAAUGCCAGCCACUCAGGUGAGCCAUACUACUGCAAGAAGUGUCAGCCUUCAGAAUUCUGAUUCAGACGAGCCUCCAGAAAAAUAUGUCAGAUAUUUGGCUAGGCAUGAAUAUAGGGUGGGUAUUGAGCAUACUGAAGGUGAUUCUCCCAAUGCUUAUGCAAGUGCCACUUAUGUCACAAAGCCUGUAGCUCCUGCUCCCGUAAUCGAAGAGAAACCUGCUCCAGUGGCUGAAGAAUCAAGUUCAGAUAGCGAGUGAAGGGAUAUUGAAAAUAUAGAUUAAUUUAUUAGUACAUAAAUCUUAGUCCAUAGAAUGUUAUAGUUAGUGUUUUGUGUUAAUGCAGGUGUUUUUGUGGUAAGAAUAUUUUUGUGGCAUGAGAGAAACAAAACGUAAUGUAAUCCAGGACUGUAAUAUUGUAGAAUUUGUUCCUAUAUGAUUUUUUUUAGGAAUAAGGUAGGUUUUUAACCUGAUUGUGGGACAAUACAAUGCUGAAAUUGGACAAGAUAUAUUUUAUUGGUAAAACCUAUAAGUUAGGCAUAGGAAAAGAGGGUGUACAAAAAAAGCAGCUCAAAGCUUCUUGUUUUUAAAUUGAAGCUUUUUUGUACACCUUGAAUGAAAUAUCCUCUAUUAAUGUAAUGAAGAAAGCAAUCUUUUAGUUUUAUGAACUUAAUAAUCUCAAAAUAACAUAUUCCAUUUUUGUGAUAUCAGAUAAUGCUUUUUACUCUCUUAAGUGAUGUGUUAGAACAUAUCACAGAAAUUAUGUUGCUAUAACUUAUUGUUGUUAUCCUUAGUCUUUAUUAUAUAUUUUAUGUGAGAAAAUGUUUCUUAAAAUUGUUUGUUUUGUUAACUAGUUCUAGUGAAAAAUUUUAGUUUGAAAUUUUAUUUAUUUUUUCCAUUAUUCAGAAAACACUCUUUUAGAGUGUUUUCUAACGGGGUCAAAUCUAGUCACUAGCUUGUAAGGUCUUUAAAAUACCAAAGAAUAGUUUAUAAUAUUAAACACAUUAAUGUAAAGUAGGAUUUAAUGAUACCUAGUUUUACCUAUAGCACUUAUUUAUCAUAUUAAACUGUAGGAAUUAUGUAGAGCAAAAUUGGUUGUAUUUAUUAAUGUAGUUAAUCAAUAAAAAAAAAUAUUGGGUAUAAUACAAAGCCAAUAUUUUUAUCACAAAAGUAUUGUAAGUACCUAUUUGAAAUGUAUUUAAGUGUAAAGAAAUAUAAUAAAUGGCUUAUAUGAUAUGAUGACUUAUUUAAUAAGAUCCGCAUAUGCUCCACUAAUCAGAUCCUGUUUAUUUAUCCCCAACUUUUCCAUCAAAUCAUAAGCAAUCUUUUCUCCUUCGGAUAUUUCCUGCUCUGGUUUUAAGCAUACCUCCAACUCCAUAAAACUCCCCAAAUCCUCAACUUCAUCUACAUGCACUCGGGUUUGCUCUACCAAAAACAAAUGUCUAGUUUUUUUAACAUCAAUUUUAGCCCCUAAUGCUUUAUCAAGUACUUUAUUUAAACCUGCCACACUUGGAGAUUGAAGGCUUACUUUCUCAAAUGAGGAUAGUUUGGGGCCUUCACUGUCUGGACGGUUGUAGAAGAUUAAUUCACCUUCUCCAUUCUAAGAAUUGGAUAG